CUGUUAGUGGCAAAAGACAUAAAAAAAAUUUUAAAAAUGGUUGCCUCUGGGAAGGAAAUCAGCAACAAUGAGAUGAAAAAAGGUAGAGAUCUAUUAUAUUUCAUUAUAAGCCCCUUACUACUAUUUGAUUUUGAACCAAGAUCAUAUAUUGUUAUGAAGCAUGCAUUUUAAGAUCAGCAAAGUCACUCUUGCAAAUCUUCCCAUAAAUAGAAAGGAGAGUAAAAUAACAUUGAUAUCAAGAAUGGGGCUAUAACUAAAGGUAUUAAAGUAUACAAGGAAAAUAGAAUGCUAAUAACCAGAAAAAAUGAGUGUUUUUAGAAAUAAUGUACAAGCUACUUAAAAAGAGAACAAGGAGGCUCCUCAGGAGAACAAAACAGACAAUCUAUCUGUCUCUGUCUCCAAACCCAAGAAAACGAAUUUUUCCCAAGAAAAAGCUGAUUAGUAAUGAUCUGGAAAGACAGCUGGUAGCAGCACAACUCUGCCCAGGAAGAAGUCUUUACCCAGGGAGGAAACAGCUGGUGAGCCAGAAGAGGCAGUCAGCAGCAGUGUCCCCAAGAAAAAAGAUAAACUUUUCUUCUCAGAAAGAGCCAGUCAGCAGUGGACCUAGGGAGGCUGCUGCCAGCAAGGUCAGAGCCAAGAAAAAGAAGAAAGAGCUCCAAAGAGCAUCCAGGAACACUGGAAUGGACAUUCCCUAAGGGGGCCAGGAGUGAGGUGUGCCCCAAUGUGACAUUUCCUAUCCCAUAUCCUAAACCCCACUCAAUAAAAACAAAUCACAAAAAGAGAACAAAAUUGAAACAUUAAUAGCAAAAGGCAAAAUGGAAAGGAUCGUUGUAGGUCUACUACCAGAAAAGCCACCAAAUCCAAAGAGUGUAAAAGCCAAAUUAUAAUAAAUCAUGUAGACACAAAUAGCAAUAUACUUAUAAAAGUAUAUGAAAAUAUAUGCACAACAUCUUAAACUGCCCUUUGAGGCCAGAAUGAUAGUUCAAUACCAAAACCAAAGAAAUUAUAACAUAGUACAACAUGGCCCAGAAAAAUCCUAAGGCCAUCUUGACAUAUCGAAUCCAUCUCUGCAUUAGAACAAUAGGGCAUCAUGACUCACUUGAAUUUAAAUCAUGGACUCAGGAGUGAAAAAUCCAAAGAAUAAAUGGAUAAUUUAAACAAAUGUAAAAAUUACUGUAAAUAUGAAGGAAGAUCUUCAUAAAAAAGUAUUUUUCUCAAAUUGAGAUCAACCAUCAAAAAGAUGGAAUAAGAGAAACUUUUCUACAAAGCCAAUAUUGACCUACUUUCAGAGUACCCAUUAUAUAUUGGAGAUUCUCGUCUUUGAGAUUUUAUAUGAACACUAAUUUUUCUAUACUACUUAAAACCAGUGAAGCAUGAAAGUUACAGGGCAGAAAAUAUUCUACAAAAUAUCAUACAUAGAGAGUGAAAACGCUGAAAAUGAAAAUAUCCUUGAAUUCACAGCAAAACUGAAAAGAAGGCCACUAUUCUGUCUUAGGAUAUAUAUUAUUGCUGAACGAGUAACAAAUAAAUGAUAGGUCCUCAACCAGUACUUGACUUUUAUGUAGGUAUCACUUUCAUACUCUUUACUAACAAUUUUUGAAAUAGGAGAUUUUCAUCAUCUUAGGAUGUUUUUCAAUUGAAAAAAUAUUUUCAUAUUGAAAGGUUAAUUGGUUCACCGGUCAUAAAGCAAAUGUACGAAAUUCUUAACUUUGCUUUUUAUUAAUAUGUAUUUGUAAUACAUAACAAUUACAUUCAUCCUAAGAAACUGGUAUGUAUACAUACUUCAUCUUGAUCAUUUUUACUCUUCCAUCCUCCACUUCCGCAGGUUCCCUCUUUAUCUCCACAGUCUACCUCCCUGUUCCUACCAUUUCUCUUUUAUUUUGCUCUUUGAAUUAUUCUUAUUUGUGGUUUCUCAUUUGGGCAGGGAACCAGAGUUUAAUGGCCCGAGAUUUAAGAAAACAACACAUUUCUUUUUCUACGAAUUCAGAUUAUCAGAGGGGGAAAAGAGGGUGAGCUGUUACGUACUACCCUUACUGUGAUCAUUUGAGGGAAAAGAUGGAAUGAAACAGCAAAGACAAGGGGUUAAUUCACUCCUGUGCCAAAUACCUUUAGUCCGCCAUGUUUUGGGUCUAGUCUUGAGAGCGGGAAUAACAACUACAAACCGCAAGGUGGCGCUGCUGCCUAAAAAGAGAAAAAAAAAAUACCCUCACAGAGGACAUUACUGAUUCCAGUCUCAACAUACUGAUUCCAGUCUCAAAGGGAAGUCUGACUAGAAAGCAAGAGAAAUCACGGUAAUUUUCGUUAAGGGAAAAUGCGAGUCUCUCCUCUCAAGAACUGCUACUAUCUAGCUCGUUUUUAAGGAUUUAGUUGUUGCCAUUUCCGAGAACUGCUUGAGGCUGAGUGGGAUUGCUUUUGGAAAACUGACAAAAGGAUGGAAGCCAGAUUGGAGCGAACUGCGCAGAAAAGGCAAGUCCUAUUUCUUUGUGUAAUUCUGGGAGUGUCUUGGGCUAUCGCGGAGCCGCUUCAGUAUUCUGUGGCAGAGGAAACUCAGAGAGGCACUUCUGUGGCCAACCUAGCAAAAGACUUGGGGUUGGGGGUGGAGGAACUGUCAGCCCGGGGAGCUAGAAUUGUUUCCGAUCAAAAUAUAGGAUUUUUACUGCUUAAUCCGCUGACUGGUGAUUUGCUUCUAAAUGAGAAAUUGGACCGAGAGGAGCUCUGUGGUCCCACAGAGCCCUGUGUAGUACCUUUCCAGUUAUUAUUGGAAAAGCCAUUUCAGAUUAUCCGUGCUGAACUACAGGUCAGAGAUAUCAAUGAUCAUUCUCCAGUAUUCCUAGACAGAGAAAUUGUGUUAGAAAUUUCAGAAAGUGCCACUCCAGGGGUGACAUUUCUCCUAGAAAGAGCACAGGAUUCAGAUGCCGGAACCAACAGUCUGAGUAACUACUCCAUCAGUCCCAAUGCCUAUUUCCACAUUAACGUGCAUGAUGGUGAGCAAGGAAAUAUCUUUCCUGAAUUGGUACUGGAUCAGGCGCUGGAUCGCGAGGAGAUGCCUGAGCUCAGUUUAAUCCUCACGGCCUUGGAUGGGGGCUCUCCGCCCAGAUCUGGGACCACACGGCUACGCAUCCUGGUGGUAGACAUAAAUGACAAUGCUCCAGAAUUUGUGCAGUCCCUCUACAAAGUGAAGAUGCCCGAGAACAGCCCCUUGGGUUCCCUGGUUGUCGCUUUGUCAGCUAGAGAUUUAGAUACAGGAAGCAAUGGGGAAAUAGUGUAUGCGUUUUUUUAUGCCACGGAAAGAAUUCUCAAAACGUUUCAAAUCAAUUCAAGGUCUGGCAGUCUUUAUCUUAAAGCCGAACUGGACUAUGAGGUAAUUCAAACUUAUACAUUAACUAUCCAGGCCAAGGAUGGUGGAGGACUUUCCGGAAAGUGUACCGUGAUUAUUGAGGUAACAGAUAUCAAUGAUAAUCCACCCGAACUUCUCAUGUCAUCACUAAAUAGCCCCAUUGCAGAAAACGCACCCGAAACAGUCGUUGCUGUUUUUAAGAUUAGAGACAGAGAUUCGGGAAACAAUGGGAAAAUGGUGUGCUCUAUCCGGGAUGAUCUUCCCUUCGUCCUGAAGCCAUCAGUGGAAAACUUCUAUACCCUGGUAACAGAGGGACCUUUGGAUCGAGAGUGGAUGGAGGAGUACAACAUCACCAUCACCGUCACCGACUUGGGGACACCCAGGCUCCAAACCCAGCACAACAUCACAGUGCUGGUCUCCGACGUCAACGACAACGCCCCGACCUUCACCCAAUCCUCCUACACCCUCUUCGUCCCCGAAAACAACAGCCCCGCCCUGCACAUAGGCACCAUCAGCGCCACAGACAGAGACUCAGGCACCAAUGCCCAGGUCACCUACUCG